CACAGAAUAAUUGUUGAUGUGCUUUAUUGUGUUGAUUGUAAAUUAUUGAUUAUCAUGAUAAUAUGAACAUUUAAAAUAAUUAUUUAUAUAACACCUAACGAACCAGGAUAUUAUACACUUAAAUACAAUUGUUUAUGUCAGCUUAUGAUAUCAUGUAACGAACUACUUUUGUAUGGAUAUUAGAUGUGUACAUUUGUUGUAUGUUAAGUGUAGGGGUUUCUGAUUGUUGACUAAAAUUAACACUUAUUGGUACAGUUAUUUGGCAUUUUUAAAUCACAAUGGCUAAUCCUAAAGCUUUUCUGCACGAAUGGUGUGCAAAAAACAGCUUAGAACCACAAUUUGAAAUUAAACAAGCAGGUACGAAGUUCAGUUUACGUUUUAUAUGCGAAGUUUCUGUAACAGGACACAACUAUGUCGGUGUAGGGAAUUCAACCAAUAAAAAAGAUGCCCAAGGUAAUGCAUCUAAAGAUUUUCUUUCGUAUUUGAUACGUCAAGGAUUUGUGACUGCUGAUUCAUUACCAUCUAGUUUUAUAAGUGGUCCUGUUGUAAAUGAUAAUUCAGUUAAAGCACCUCAACGAUUUAUGAAUAAUGUGCCACAAAAAUCAGUGUAUCAACAAGGCCAAACUCCAAAUACUCUAGGUGAAGCAUAUCGACCAAUUGGGAGGACAGAUUUCCAGUUUAAAGACUUUUUAAAUGAUGAAAGCAAAGUAGAAGAGGCUGAAAAUUUAGAUGUAAAUGCUGCUAUUCAUGGAAAUUGGACUAUUGAUAAUGCUAAAUCUCGUUUAAAUCAAUUUAUACAGUCCAAUAGAUUAAAAAAUAUUGAUUAUAAAUAUAGUUUCAUGGGAAAGAGUUUUGUUGCAGAAAUGUCAAUAUUUGUACAUAAACUCAAUAGAAAUGUAACUGCUCGUGAAAGUGGUUCAAACAAACAGUCAGCAUCAAAAAGUUGUGCACUUUCCUUGAUACGUCAACUUUACCAUUUAGGUGUUGUUGAAGCAUUUUCAGGAUCUUUGAAAAAAACUAUUUUGAACAUAAUUGAACCAUAUGAAGUUAAUGUAGACCCUUUAUUAUUAAAUAAAGUGUAUGAUAUAUUACAAGAAUUAAAUAUUCAACCUGUGAUUCAAAAUGAUACUACUGUCGAUACCAAAGCAACAAUAUCAUUAAUUUCUAAUCAAGUUAUUGCUGAAUUUUCUGAAUCAAAAUGUUUAAGGUCAGUAGGAGUGAUUCCAUGGUCACCACCUCAACCAAAUUGGAACCCUUGGUUGGCAAUAAAUAUUGAUGAAGGUCCUUUGGCUACUGCUACUUUAGAUCAAUUAAGUGAAGAAUUAUCAAAAGAUUAUGAUGAGAAAUUAAAUUCAUCAGAAGAUUUAGUGCAAAGUUUUGAAAUGCGCAGUAAACUUCCUGUAUUUGCUAAAAAAGCUGAAAUUUUAGAAGUAAUAAAAAAAAACUCUAUUGUAAUUAUUCAAGGAAGUACUGGUUGUGGUAAAACUACUCAGGUUUGUCAGUUUAUACUUGAUGAGUACUUGAGUAAUAUUCAAGGGGCAUAUUGCAAUAUAAUUUGUACUCAACCAAGAAAAAUAUCAGCUCUUUCUGUUGCUGAUAGGGUAGCUUUUGAAAGAAAAGAAGAUGUAGGACUAAGUGUUGGAUAUAGCGUUCGAUUUAAUAGCAUAUUUCCUCGACCAUAUGGAGCAAUUUUGUUCUGUACAGUUGGUGUAUUAUUGCGAAAAUUGGAAAAUGGUAUGCGUGGUGUAUCACAUGUAAUUGUUGAUGAAAUACAUGAACGUGAUGUAAAUAGUGACUUCCUUAUGGUUGUGCUCAAAGAUAUGGUUUACAACUAUCCUGACCUAAGGGUAAUUUUUAUGUCUGCUACAAUUAAUACUAACAUGUUCUCUAAAUAUUUCAACUGUUGUCCAGUAAUUGAUGUUGAAGGAAAAUGUUAUGCAGUUAAGGAAUAUUUUCUUGAAGAUAUUGUUGAUAUUUUAAAUUAUCAGCCAGUUCCAGAAAUUAAAAAAUCUAAGAAUAAAGAUAAAGAUGAAGAAUCAGUCAUUUUAGGAAUGGAUCAAGAAGAAAAUUGUAAUUUAAUUGUUUCUGAUGAUUAUUCUCCUGAUGUCAAAGCAAAAGUGGCUAUGAUUAGUGAAAAAGAUGUUGAUUUUGAAAUUAUUGAAGCAUUAUUAAAACACAUUGAAGUAGAAAUGAAUAUUCCUGGUGCGGUUCUAAUAUUUUUACCUGGUUGGAAUUUAAUUUUUGCACUACAAAAAUAUUUAACUGAGAAACAAUUUUUUGCAUCUUCAAAUUUUUGUAUAUUGCCACUUCAUUCACAGCUUCCUUGUGCUGAUCAGCGGAAAGUUUUUGAGCCUGUUCCUCCAGGAGUACGAAAGGUAAUCUUGUCUACAAAUAUAGCGGAAACAUCUAUUACUAUCAAUGAUGUAGUUUUUGUAAUUAAUUAUGGCAAAGCUAAGAUUAAAUUAUUUACGACACAUAACAAUAUGACUCAUUAUGCUACAGUUUGGGCAUCUAAGACUAAUAUGCUACAAAGAAAAGGUCGAGCUGGUCGUGUUAAAGAAGGUUUUUGUUUUCACUUAUGCACAAAGGCACGUUAUGAUAAAAUGGAUGAUCACAUAACACCCGAAAUUUUCCGUACACCUUUACAUGAAAUUGCCUUAUCUAUUAAAUUAUUACGACUUGGAGAUAUUGGACAAUUUCUUAGUAAGGCUAUUGAACCACCUCCUAUUGAUGCUGUAAUUGAAGCUCAAGUGAUGCUUAAAGAAAUGAAAUGUCUUGAUCAAAAUGAAGAGUUGACUCCUCUUGGUAAAAUCUUAGCAAAAUUACCAAUCGAACCACAGAUUGGCCGCAUGAUGGUACUGGGGAACAUUUUAAUGCUUGGUGACGCUCUUGCUGUAAUAGCUGCUAUCUGUUCAAAUAUGACGGAUAUAUUUGUAUUUGAUUAUAGAAUGACACCAGCACAGCGUGCAUUAUCUGGGAAUCGUUGCUCAGAUCAUUUAACUGUACUAAAUGCUUUUCAUCAGUGGGAAUCUUUGUUUCGUCGUAAUAUUGAUACAACAGAUUAUUGUGAACGUAAAAUGUUAUCUCAGCCAUCACUGACUACCACAGCUGAUGUUACGGAACAAUUAAAAGAUUUAUUUAUCAAAAUUGGAUUUCCUGAGGAAUGUUUUGAAAAGCAAACUUUUGAUUUUGGAAAAUCUGGAAUAUAUGAUGAGCCAAUGUUGGACGUUUUAUCUGCAAUUUUAACUAUAGGAUUUUAUCCUAAUGUAUGCUAUCAUAAGGAAAAACGUAAGGUGUACACAACAGAAGGAAAAGCUGCCCUUAUCCAUAAGACAUCUGUUAAUUGUAAUAAUGUUGCAGCUGGUUCUUUUCCAUCUCCAUUCUUUGUAUUCGCAGAAAAAGUUCGUACAAGAGCUGUGGCUUGUAAACAAAUGACUAUGAUAACACCAAUUCAUCUUCUAUUAUUUGGUGCCCGUAAAAUUGAAUAUACUAAAGGUUUUGUUCAAUUAGAUAAUUGGAUAAAUUUAAAAAUAGAUGUUAAAACAGCUUCUGCUAUUGUAGCACUAAGACCAGCUAUUGAAAGUUUAAUUAUCAAUGCAUCUAAAAAUCCUGAAUCAAUAUCAAUGUUAACUGAAACUGAUAAUAAGCUUAUAAAUGUUUUGAAAGAAUUGUGCAAUUUUAACUCUGGAAGAUACAAUCUUUCACCUAUAUUAUUUGAUCAAGGAAGUACAUCUUACAAAAGAAAGUUAAAUGCAUCAUUUAAUGAAAGUAGUGAUAGUUCACAACCUACACCAAAAUUGAAUCACUAUUCUAGUUAUGGUAAUUUUCAUAGACAAAAUAGUGGUUUUAGUAGAGGAAACUAUAAUCAAGGAAGAGGUUAUCACAGAAAUUCAUCAUUUGGUAGUGGAUUUAACCAAAGAGGCAGUAGUCAUAUUGGAAGAGGAUCAGGUUUCAGAGGAAAUAACAGUAAUGUUGGCAAUAGUGGCUUUUACAGAGGUACCAGAGGAUCUAACAGAGGUUAUAGUAGCUUUAACAGAGGAUUCUAAAGAAAAACAUAAUAUAAAAAAUGCCAUUUUUGUAUUCUAUGAAAAUAAAGUAAAUAAUUAACAA